AUGCUGCUUCCUCCCCCUGGCCGUGAUCAUCUUCUGCUACAUUUCCGUGUGGCUGACCAUCCGUGAUAUCAAGUGAUAUUUCAAAUAUACUAUACUGUAGCAAGCAACUAUGUUGUUCAAUAAAGUAAUGGUCAAGUGUACCUUUUGGAAAUGCAUAUUAGAGGGUUAAAUCUAACCAGUUGAUAUUCCUUCUGAAUGACCACAGGUUGCCGUGCAGCAGAAAGACUCUGAGUCAACGCAGAAGGCUGAAAAGGAAGUGUCCAGGAUGGUUGUUGUCAUGAUUAUCACUUUCUGUGUAUGCUGGGGACCUUAUACCUGCUUUGCCUGCUUUGCUGUGGCUAACCCUGGGUAUGCUUUCCACCCUCUGGCUGCUGCAAUGCCUGCCUACUUUGCCAAAAGUCCAGUUAUCUAUGUCUUCAUGAACAAACAGGUGGGUGUAUUUGUCAGAUAGCUACAUGUAUUUUUACCCAGUAAUAAUGAAGUGGUUAUCAAAGCACUCAUGUCUACCUAAAUGUAGACUUAUAUUUUGAAGCUCUUUCCUCAUGUUCCAUUAAUCUUCUCUCUCUCCAGUUCCGUUCUUGCAUCAUGCAGCUCUUUGGCAAGGCAGAAGAUGAUGGCUCUGAAGUGUCUAAAUCAAAAACAGAGGUUCCCUCCAAGGCACAUGCAUAAACCCCAGACAACCUCUUGGAAACAAAUUGUGAAUGUUCUGAGGAGAUUUUCCAAAUGUACAGUACAUCCUCUUGUGUUUCUUAAACAAAUAAUUUCCCACAACUUUUUAGGAGAUUAUUAAGCUUGAACUCAUGUGCAAUGUGUGUAAAAAACCUUAACCACAUAACCUAAAUUGCUAUAGACCACCCCUUGGAGUUUUUUUUUCUCGAAACAACCAGAGAGUUAUGUACUUAUGUAUACAAUAGCUAUUGGAGUGGUACAUUAUGGGAAUAUGUAUAUAGUACUACUAUCAAUGUCUUGUCAAGUGACAGAAAAAGUUGCCAUCUUGGAAGGCAUUCCCUUCACUCUGCAGUGGCUAAACUAGACAGCAUCACAGCUAAGGAGAACUGAAAUUAACUGCCAUUGGAAAUCUGAUAAUCUCAAAACUAUGUGAACAAUUUAUGGUUUCAAAACCCCUCACGUUCAAAGUAACUUGAGAGGUAAACAUUUUGUAGCCCUCUUGCAAAAACUACAAUAAUAAAUAAUACAUGUAAAUAUAUAAUUGUGUAUAUAUACAAUGUAUUUAACAAUGGGGUUUUUUCUAAUUAAAAUACAUUUAAUGCAUGUAGCAAAAUGAAAAUACCUUCUGGUCUCACUUUCCAUGUUUAUCCACUAUUUAUUCAAUGUUUAUUCACUGCUACCUGUUAUGAAUGAUUGUUUAAAGACCAAGCUCACACGACACACCCCAUAUGAACUCUCUUGUUGUCACGAUCGUCAGGAACAGAUGUGGACCAAGGCGCAGCGUUGAAGGCGAACAUAUUUAUUUAAUUAGAAUGAUCACACGAUCAAAACAACAAAACGAUGACGUGACAGUCAAUGGUCAUACACAAACCAAAAUACGAACAAGAAACCACAAACAAUGAAUGCCUAACGGCUACCUAAGUAUGACUCCCAAUCAGAGACAACGAGCUACAGCCCUCUCUGAUUGGGAGCCACCCUGGCCAACAUAGAUAUACAACGACUAGAACAUAAACAAAUGAACACCCUGGCUCAACAUACGAGAGUCCCCAGAGCCAGGGCGUGACAGUACCCCCCCCCCCAAAGGCGCGGACUCCGACCGCGCCAACCAAACACAACAGGGGAGGGACCGGGUGGGCACUCCGCCUCGGCGGCGGAUCCGGCUCCGGACAUGACCCCCACUUCUUCUCUAAACCCCCAAAGUACCCCUGGUCCGGUCUGGCCCUGCUGACCGGAGCUGGACUGCACACUGGUGGAGCGGAUAGCUUCAGCUCCGUAGUGGAGCAGUUGACCGGGACCUUACCAGGCACCGGUGACCCAGGCACGGGUUGUGCUGGACUGACGACGCGCACCCCUGGCUUGGUGCGUGGAGGAGGAACGGGCCUUACCAGGCUGACGACGCGCACCCCUGGCUUGGUGCGUGGAGGAGGAACGGGCCUUACCAGGCUGACGACGCACACCGUAGGCUUGGUGCGUGGAGCAGGGACAGGCCGGACUGGGCUGACGAAGCACACCACUGACUUGGUGCGGGGAGCAGGAACGGGCCGAGCCGGGCUGAGGAAGCGCACCACUGACUUGGUGCGGGGAGCAGGAACGGGCCGAGCCGGGCUGACGAAGCGCACCACUGCCUUGGUGCGGGGAGCAGGAACGGGCCGAGCCGGGCUGACGAAGCGCACCACUGACUUGGUGCGGGGAGCAGGAACGGGCCGAGCCGGGCUGACGAAGCGCACCACUGACUUGGUGCGGGGAGCAGGAACGGGCCGAGCCGGGCUGACGAAGCGCACCACUGACUUGGUGCGGGGAGCAGGAACGGGCCGAGCCGGGCUGACGAAGCGCACCACUGACUUGGUGCGGAGAGCAGGAACGGGCCGAGCCGGGCUGACGAAGCGCACCACUGACUUGGUGCGGGGAGCAGGAACGGGCCGAGCCGUACUGGGGACACACACCACUGGCCCUACACCGGGAUCUGGAACGGGCCGGACCGGACUGGUAACACACCCCAGUACCUCUCGCCGUGCCUCUACACCUUCCAUCCCCUCUUCGACCAGUGGCCCCCGUAACCUGGCGGCCUCCUCUGCCAACCCGCUGGACCGCUCUAUCGCGGCCUCCUGCUGCCCCGACGUCGUGAGCCCCCCCCCUAAAAAAAUUCUGGGGGUCUCUCUUCCCCGUGGACCAGGCCUCUAUCGUUCUCGCCCAACUCUCGCUCUCCUGCUUCCAACUCCAGCCAUUCUGCUCCUCCUUUGGCUUGACCCAGUCGAGACUCUUCCUCCAUUGUUCCCAAGUCCACCCUCUCUGCUCCUCACUAGGCUUGACCCAGUCGAGGUUGCCACGGAGAUCUGCUAACGAUUCCCCUGGCGAUGGCUCCUGGACACGCUGCUUGGUCCAGUUUUGUUGGUUUCUUCUGUCACGAUCGUCAGGAACAGAUGUGGACCAAGGCGCAGCGUUGAAGGCGAACAUAUUUAUUUAAUUAGAAUGAUCACACGAUCAAAACAACAAAACGAUGACGUGACAGUCAAUGGUCAUACACAAACCAAAAUACGAACAAGAAACCACAAACAAUGAAUGCCUAACGGCUACCUAAGUAUGACUCCCAAUCAGAGACAACGAGCUACAGCCCUCUCUGAUUGGGAGCCACCCUGGCCAACAUAGAUAUACAACGACUAGAACAUAAACAAAUGAACACCCUGGCUCAACAUACGAGAGUCCCCAGAGCCAGGGCGUGACAGUACCCCCCCCCCAAAGGCGCGGACUCCGACCGCGCCAACCAAACACAACAGGGGAGGGACCGGGUGGGCACUCCGCCUCGGCGGCGGAUCCGGCUCCGGACAUGACCCCCACUUCUUCUCUAAACCCCCAAAGUACCCCUGGUCCGGUCUGGCCCUGCUGACCGGAGCUGGACUGCACACUGGUGGAGCGGAUAGCUUCAGCUCCGUAGUGGAGCAGUUGACCGGGACCUUACCAGGCACCGGUGACCCAGGCACGGGUUGUGCUGGACUGACGACGCGCACCCCUGGCUUGGUGCGUGGAGGAGGAACGGGCCUUACCAGGCUGACGACGCGCACCCCUGGCUUGGUGCGUGGAGGAGGAACGGGCCUUACCAGGCUGACGACGCACACCGUAGGCUUGGUGCGUGGAGCAGGGACAGGCCGGACUGGGCUGACGAAGCACACCACUGACUUGGUGCGGGGAGCAGGAACGGGCCGAGCCGGGCUGAGGAAGCGCACCACUGACUUGGUGCGGGGAGCAGGAACGGGCCGAGCCGGGCUGACGAAGCGCACCACUGCCUUGGUGCGGGGAGCAGGAACGGGCCGAGCCGGGCUGACGAAGCGCACCACUGACUUGGUGCGGGGAGCAGGAACGGGCCGAGCCGGGCUGACGAAGCGCACCACUGACUUGGUGCGGGGAGCAGGAACGGGCCGAGCCGGGCUGACGAAGCGCACCACUGACUUGGUGCGGGGAGCAGGAACGGGCCGAGCCGGGCUGACGAAGCGCACCACUGACUUGGUGCGGAGAGCAGGAACGGGCCGAGCCGGGCUGACGAAGCGCACCACUGACUUGGUGCGGGGAGCAGGAACGGGCCGAGCCGUACUGGGGACACACACCACUGGCCCUACACCGGGAUCUGGAACGGGCCGGACCGGACUGGUAACACACCCCAGUACCUCUCGCCGUGCCUCUACACCUUCCAUCCCCUCUUCGACCAGUGGCCCCCGUAACCUGGCGGCCUCCUCUGCCAACCCGCUGGACCGCUCUAUCGCGGCCUCCUGCUGCCCCGACGUCGUGAGCCCCCCCCCUAAAAAAAUUCUGGGGGUCUCUCUUCCCCGUGGACCAGGCCUCUAUCGUUCUCGCCCAACUCUCGCUCUCCUGCUUCCAACUCCAGCCAUUCUGCUCCUCCUUUGGCUUGACCCAGUCGAGACUCUUCCUCCAUUGUUCCCAAGUCCACCCUCUCUGCUCCUCACUAGGCUUGACCCAGUCGAGGUUGCCACGGAGAUCUGCUAACGAUUCCCCUGGCGAUGGCUCCUGGACACGCUGCUUGGUCCAGUUUUGUUGGUUUCUUCUGUCACGAUCGUCAGGAACAGAUGUGGACCAAGGCGCAGCGUUGAAGGCGAACAUAUUUAUUUAAUUAGAAUGAUCACACGAUCAAAACAACAAAACGAUGACGUGACAGUCAAUGGUCAUACACAAACCAAAAUACGAACAAGAAACCACAAACAAUGAAUGCCUAACGGCUACCUAAGUAUGACUCCCAAUCAGAGACAACGAGCUACAGCCCUCUCUGAUUGGGAGCCACCCUGGCCAACAUAGAUAUACAACGACUAGAACAUAAACAAAUGAACACCCUGGCUCAACAUACGAGAGUCCCCAGAGCCAGGGCGUGACACUUGUAAAGCAGAUAGGAUAGAGAUUAUCUCUCAAAGACUACUUCCCUUUUUACUUCUUUAUAGUAAAACAUUUUUUAUUGUCAAAAUACGUUUUCUCUAUUUACAAGUAAUAAGAAUAAUUGUUAAGUCAACUAUUUUCUUGCAUGAAGAGGAUAAGCAAUUUCACCUGAAUGCUGAGAAACGUGACACCAAAAGCACUUCUUAUCCAAGAAGGAUUAACCUUAAAUUCAAACCUUGGUCUUCAGUUCUUCCGGGUCAGCAUACAGUAAUUGAACUCUUUGUGUGUGUGUGUGUGUGUGUGUGUGUGUGUGUGUGUGUGUGUUAAACCAUUUCUGAUUUAGAUCUUAAUCUCGAUGAGGACAUGGCUGGUAUAAAACCCCACAGAUUGGGGUAUACCAUUUUGUUGGUUGCUAACACCACAACAGGUGAAGAGCAAGAGAAGACAACCAGAAGACAGAAAAAGCUGCCAACAGGUAAAGGCAAAAAACACAACUGUGGCAACAAACAACUGGCAAGGCAAAUAUUUUAGAACAAUUCAAUGACUGAAAGGGAAAUAAUAUGUUGUCUUCUUGAUUUGCAUAUUCUUCAGAUACCUCUCAGAAAUGGCAGAGAGUUGGGGAAAUGAUGCUUAUGCAGCCAGGCGACAUAACCAAGAGACAACGAGAGAAUCUUCUUUCACCUACACCAAUAGCAAUAACACCAAAGGUGGGACAAGCAACUGUUUCUGCCUUGAUUGCAACUUCAUAUUCAUAUAUUUUAUUUUAUUUAAAUCAUGAGGUUAUGUUUCCUGUAAGUAUUGAUGUUAUAUACAACAUAGAUGGCAUAAGUGAAAUUGUGUUUCAUACAUAUAAUUUUAAUGAAUUAAUAUAAUUGAUGUAAUUUGCAUUGCUUUUGCAUCUCCAUUGAUCAUUUAAAAGCAUGUAGUUCAUCUAACCAGGCACUUGCACCUGUCAUUUCCUCCUUACGAAAUACCUUUCUCUGUUUUCUUUCAGAUCCCUUUGAGGGCCCCAACUACCACAUUGCUCCAAGAUGGGUGUACAAUGUCUCAACACUUUGGAUGAUCAUGGUGGUCAUCCUCUCAGUCUUCACCAAUGGCCUGGUACUGGUGGCCACUGCAAAAUUCAAGAAGCUCCAACACCCUCUCAACUGGAUCUUGGUCAAUCUUGCUAUUGCUGACAUUGGGGAGACACUUUUGGCUAGCACCAUCAGCGUUAUCAACCAGAUUUUUGGCUACUUCAUUCUGGGACACCCAAUGUGUGUCUUUGAGGGAUUCACUGUCUCCACUUGUGGUAAAAUGCAGUUUUACAUGGACUACAAUUUUAUCUAAUAUUUAACAAGGAAAUUCUACAUUGCUGCACAGUGCUGAGAAAGAGUAAUUGGCAGUUGCUAGAACACCAUAGCAUAGUGACAGUAAUCAGAAUGUCUCUUUUGUCUAAUUUAUAUGUAUAUCUUAUGCAGGUAUCGCUGCUCUGUGGUCUCUGGCUGUCAUCUCCUGGGAGAGAUGGGUGGUGGUGUGCAAGCCCUUUGGAAGUGUCAAGUUUGAUGCCAAAUGGGCUAUGGGAGGCAUUAUCUUCUCCUGGGUCUGGGCUGCUUUCUGGUGUGCUCCCCCCAUCUUUGGCUGGAGCAGGUGGGGAUUUCUCUUAUUAUUUCACUGAGGAUUCAAGUUCAAAAUAUGCAAUUAUUUAACCAAUUUCUCUAUCUCUCGCCCUCUACCAGGUACUGGCCUCAUGGCCUGAAGACUUCAUGUGGACCUGAUGUCUUCGGAGGCAAUGAGGAUCCUGGAGUCAAGUCCUACAUGAUAGUUCUCAUGAUUACGUGCUGCUUCCUCCCCCUGUUCGUGAUCAUCUUCUGCUACAUCUUUGUUUGGCUGGCCAUCCGUGCUGUAAGUGAUAUUUUAAAUAUACUAUACUGUAGCAAUCAACUAUGUUUUUCAAUACAAUAUCGGUCAAGUGUACCUUUUGAAAAGGCAUAUUAGAGGGUUAAAUAUAACCAUUUCAUAUUCCUUCUGAAUGACCACAGGUUGCCGCACAGCAGAAAGACUCUGAGUCAACACAGAAAGCUGAGAAGGAAGUGUCCAGGAUGGUUGUUGUCAUGAUUAUAGCUUACUGUGUAUGCUGGGGACCUUAUACCUGCUUUGCCUGCUUUGCUGCGGCUAACCCUGGGUAUGCUUUCCACCCUCUGGCUGCCGCAGUCCCUGCCUACUUUGCCAAGAGCGCCACCAUCUACAAUCCAGUUAUAUAUGUCUUCAUGAACAAACAGGUAAAUCUUAACAAGAUUUUCAGACAUUUUUUUUUAUCUUACUGAUUUCAUGUUACAAAGCUCUAACAAUACAAAUUUUUCUAAAUGUUUCACAAUUGCCUUUCUUGUGUACAUUUAUUUUAUUUUAAAAAGCAUCAGCUGAUGAUGUGUUCGCUCACUUUGUAGAUAGACACACAAUUUCAAAGUCUUCUUAUGUUUAAUUAUUCCUCUCUUGUCACACCCUGGUUCUGGGACUCGUUAUGUUGAGCCAGGGUGUGUGCAGUCUAUGUGGUUUGGUUCUAUGUUGGGUGUCAAAGUGUUGUAUUAUGUUGAUUAGUCAUAUGACUCCCAAUCGGAGGUAACGAGUGUCAGCUGUCGGCUCGUUAUCUCUGAUUGGGAGCCAUAUUUAUUCUGUAUGUGUUCUUGUGGGCAUUGUGGGUUAUUGUUCCGUGUUUCAGUAUUUGUACUGUGGACUUCACGAGUCGUCUUUUGUUUUGUAUUUUACGUGCUUACUCUAAUUAAAGUCAUGUUCGUUCAACGCGCUGCGCUUUGGUCUCCUUCACUCCUAGACGAUCGUGACAGAAUAACCCACCUAAGAAAGACCAAGCAGCGCGUCCAGGAGCAACAGGAUCCACCUACACAGGAUUUAUAUCCACCCAUAAAGGAGUCAUGGACAUGGGAGGAGAUUCUGGAUGGUAAGGGACCUUGGGCACAACCGGGAGAAUAUCGCCGUCCUCGGGAAGAGCUGGAGGCAGCUAAAGCCGAGAGGCGGCGAUAUGAGGAGGCAGCACGGAGGCAAGACUGGAAGCCUGUGGGUACUACCCAAGAAUUUCUUGGGGGGGGGCUAAGAGGGAGUGUGGCGAAGUCAGGUAGGAGACCUGCGCCUACUACCUGGACUGACCGUGGAGAGCGAGAGUACGGGCAGACACCGUGUUACGCAGUUGAGCGCAUGGUGUCUCCUGUACGCAGGCAUAGCCCGGUUCGGUACAGUCCAGCUCCACGUAUCGGCCGGGCCAGAUUGAGUGUUGAGCCGGAUGUCAUGAGGCCGGUCCCACGCAGCAGGUCACCAGUGCGUCUCCUCGGGCCGGCGUACAUGGCACCAGCCUUACGCAUGGUGUUCCCGGUUCGCCCACAUAGGCCGGUGCGGGUUAUUCCACCUCCCCGUACUGGUCGGGCGACGGGGAGCAUCAACCCAGGUAAGGUUGGGCAGGCUCAGUGCUCAAGGGAGCCAGUACGCCUGCACGGGCCGGUAUUUCCGGCGCCACCUCCUCACUCCAGCCCAGUACCACCAGUACCUACACCACGCACCAGGUUUCCUGUGCGUCUUCAGAGCCCUGUGUCUCCUCCACGCACUGGCUCGAUGGUGCGUGUCUCCAGCCCUUUACCACCAGUGCAUACACCACGCACCAAGCCUCCUGUGUGUCCCCAGAGUCCUGUGCGUCCUGUUGUUGCUUCCCGCACUAGCCCUGAGAUGCGUGUCCUCAGCCCGGUACCUCCUGUUCCGGCACCACGCACCAGGCCUACGAUGCGCCUCAGACGGCCAGAGUCGGCCGUCUGCCCAACGGGGCCUGAACUGUCCGUCUGCCCAACGCCGUCUGAACGGCCCGUCGGCCCAACGGCGCCUGAACUGUCCGUCUGCCCAACGCCGUCUGAACUGCCCGUCUGCCCAACGGCGCCUGAACUGCCCGUCUGCCCAACGCCGUCUGAACUGUCCGUCUGCCCAACGCCGUCUGAACUGCCCGUCUGUACUGAGCCUGCAAAGCCGCCCGUCUGCCAUGAGCCUUCAGAGCCGUCCGCCAGACCGGAGCCGCUAGAGCUCUCCGCCAGACAGGAUCAGCCAGAGCCUUCCGCCAGACCGGAUCAGCCAGAGCCUUCCGCCAGACAGGAUCAGCCAGAGCCUUCCGCCAGACAGGAUCAGCCAGAGCCUUCCGCCAGACAGGAUCAGCCAGAGCCGUCCGCCAGACCGGAUCAGCCAGAGCCUUCCGCCAGACAGGAUCAGCCAGAGCCUUCGGCCAGACAGGAUCAGCCAGAGCCUUCGGUCAGACAGGAUCAGCCAGAGCCUUCCGCCAGACCGGAUCAGCCAGAGCCUUCCGCCAGACCGGAUCAGCCAGAGCCUUCCGCCAGACCGGAUCAGCCAGAGCCUUCCGCCAGACAGGAUCAGCCAGAGCCUUCGGCCAGACCGGAUCAGCCAGAUCCGUCGGCCAGCCAUGAGCAGCCAGAUCCGUCAGCCAGCCAUGAGCAGCCAGAUCCGUCAGCCAGCCAUGAGCAGCCAGAUCCGUCAGCCAGCCAUGAGCAGCCAGAUCCUUCAGCCAGCCAUGAGCCGUUCAGCCAGGAUCCGCCAGAGCCAGCCAGCCAGGAUCCGCCAUUGAGUCAGGUGCUGCCCCUUAUCCUGGUGCUGCCCCUUAGUCUGGUGCUGCCCCUUAGUCUGGUGCUGCCCCUUAGUCGGGUGCUGCCCCUUAGUCCGGUGCUGCCCCUUAGUCCGGUGCUGCCCCUUAGUCCGGUGCUGCCUCUUAGUCCGGUGCUGCCCCUUAAACCGGUGGGGGUCAUUUGGAGGAACCUACGUAAGCGGGUAGUGACUAUGGUGGGGUGGUGGUCUAGGCCGGAGCCAGAACCGCCACCGAGGAGGUAUGCCCGCCCAGCCCUCCCCUGUUUGGGGGUUUUGAGGCGCGGUCGCAGUCCGCGCCUUUAGGGGGGGGUACUGUCACACCCUGGUUCUGGGACUCGUUAUGUUGAGCCAGGGUGUGUGCAGUCUAUGUGGUUUGGUUCUAUGUUGGGUGUCAAAGUGUUGUAUUAUGUUGAUUAGUCAUAUGACUCCCAAUCGGAGGUAACGAGUGUCAGCUGUCGGCUCGUUAUCUCUGAUUGGGAGCCAUAUUUAUUCUGUAUGUGUUCUUGUGGGCAUUGUGGGUUAUUGUUCCGUGUUUCAGUAUUUGUACUGUGGACUUCACGAGUCGUCUUUUGUUUUGUAUUUUACGUGCUUACUCUAAUUAAAGUCAUGUUCGUUCAACGCGCUGCGCUUUGGUCUCCUUCACUCCUAGACGAUCGUGACAUCUCUCCAGUUCCGUUCUUGCAUCAUGCAGCUCUUUGGCAAGGCAGAAGAUGAUGGCUCUGAAGUGUCUACAUCAAAAACAGAGGUUUCCUCUGUUGCACCCGCAUAAA